AUUGGGGAGUGCGACCCGGGCUUGGAGUGCUCAGGAGCACGGACAGGGAAGGGGAGUGUGGGGGUACACAGGAGUCCUGGAGGGGUGACGGGCAGGGCCCAGCGCACAGGGGAGGCUGGGACACAGGAUCUUGGGAUUGAGGUUGGGGUGUGGACAGGGUCCCACCGGGACGGUCCAUCCCUGCUUCUGGCCAGCCCGUCUGUUCCCCGAGCCCAGCAGGAAGGCUGCCAUGGAAACGGGCAGAAGGAGGUCCCGGGGGGCUGGGAGGGUCCGGGGGCUGGGCACAGCGCUCCUCUCUCCCACCGCAGCAUCCACAACGGGGUGAUCGCCGUCUUCCAGCGCAAGGGGCUGCCCGACCAGGAGCUGUUUACCCUCAACGAAGGCGUCAGGCAGCUGCUGAAGACAGAGCUGGGGUCCUUCUUCACGGAGUACCUGCAGAACCAGCUGCUGACGAAGGGCAUGGUGAUCCUGCGGGACAAGAUCCGCUUCUACGAGGGACAGAAGCUGCUGGACUCGCUGGCGGAGACGUGGGACUUCUUCUUCAGCGACGUGCUGCCCACCCUGCAGGCCAUCUUCUACCCGGUGCAGGGCAAGGAGCCGUCGGUGCGCCAGCUGGCCCUGCUGCACUUCCGCAACACCAUCACCCUCAGC